AAACUUAAAAAGGGCCGCCAGCGGCAGCGGCAGCUCCUGGAGAGAAAACCCUAAUAACGGAACAAGGAUUGGGAAAUGUUUGGUGGCGGGGAUAGCGAAGGGGUGGGGGGGCGAAUAAGCAGCAUGUUGGGGGGCGGGGGAGGGCAGUGGGGGCCGGAGGAGACUCGAGAGCUUAUCCUCAUACGGGGGGAGCUAGAGAGGGACUUCACCGCUGCUAAGCGCAACAAGACCCUUUGGGAAAUUGUCAGUGCCAGAAUGAGGGACAGAGGCUACAUCCGAACCCCUGAUCAGUGCAAGUGCAAGUGGAAAAAUCUUCUCAAUCGAUACAAGGGUAAGGAGACAUCUGAUCCUGAGAAUGGUCGCCAAUUUCCAUUCUUCGAGGAACUGCAUGCGGUAUUCACUGAAAGAGCCAAGAAUAUGCAGCGCCUCUUACUUGAAUCGGAGGCAGGUUCUACCCAGGCAAAGAAAAGAAUGAGGAGAAUAAGCGCAGACAGAUCCUCAGAUGAAUUUUCUGAAGAAGAAGACGAUGACGAAGAUGAAAGUGAAGAGGAAAGGCAUGCUAGAAGCAUUUCUUCGCGCAAGAGGAAAGCUGACCGAGUUGUAUUGGAUAAAUCUCCUAGACCAAAUUCUGGCACUAGCAGUACUAGUAGUACUGGUCUCCAGGAAAUGCUUAGAGAAUUUUUUCAGCAGCAACAGAGGAUGGAGAUGCAAUGGAGGGAGAUGAUGGAGAGGCGUGCUCGCGAGAGGCAAUUGUUUGAGCAGGAAUGGCGGCAGUCAAUGGAGAAGCUUGAGAGGGAGAGGUUGAUGGUCGAACAGGCUUGGAGGGAGAGGGAGGAGCAGAGGAGGCUCAGAGAAGAGAGCCGAGCUGAGAGAAGGGAUGCCUUGUUAACCACUCUCUUGAACAAACUCAUAAACGAUAAUAAUCUCUGACCUGGAAAGUUUUAUCUCCUUAAAGAUGAAUAUACAAAAAGUUUGAUGAUAGUUAGGUAGCUGCUAGUGAAAGAAACUAGUAAUACUAUAAAAUGUAAUACAUAGAAACGUAUACAGGGAAUGUAUGUUCUGUUGCUAAUUGUUUGGGUAUAUAAACAGGUGCUUUUGUUGUAUUGAUUGAUGUGGUUUUACUUUAUGCAAAUGAUGCGUUCAUUCUUCA